CAAAAACUGUAUGUUAUGGGAAGGAAAAAAGUUGCCCUCUCCCACUACCUAUACUCAGAAAAACAAAUUCUAUGCUCACCGACCCCUCUCCUCUAUGACUCCUCACUAUAUCGGCCUAUUUCACACUCCAUAGCAUCAUUAACCCCCUCCAUUCUUCAGCUCCCUUUCAACAACUGAUGUCAUGUCGCAGAAUGCAGCAGAGCUCUGCGUCCUUUUGGUCAGAGAUAUCUACGGCGAGGUCUCUUCGCGGGUGGUGUCUGUUCUUCUCGAGUUGGGUCGACUUUCUGUUACUCAACUAGUUCGCCAACUCAAACUUCCAGAGAAGAUAGUCAAGCAAACCCUAGCGGUCCUCAUUCAGCAGCAUCUAGUCGUCCAUUUUGCCCAUCUCGAAACUGGGCAGGAGGUGGUGUAUUACGAGUGUGAAUGGACACAGGUUUAUGAGCUCCUCCGCGCUGGUAGGAUCAUUCGGGCUGUUGAAGAACGGUUCGGUAGCAAUGGCGCACUGAUUGUCAGCAACCUGCUUCAAUUGGGCCAUGCUCGCGUCAGUGAUUUCCUUGCUGCCUAUGGGACAUCUACCAAAAAGUCCAAAGCAACGGUGAAUGGCAAACCGAACGCACCGACGAUAGAAGAUGACUCAUCUAUCACUUCAGUAGAAAUCUUGAAAUCAGUCAUGGCGGACAUGAUGAAGGAACGGUUUCUGGUGCAGGUCCAGGAGCAUCACAUGCACAUUCAAACAGAUACCCGGAACACCUUGCGAGCACAAUUGACAUCUCAGUUGAGGAAGUCUCAUCUCUCCGAGAAUAAGUUGGGGAAGGAAGUAGACAGACAAAUGAAAAUUAAAGUGAAGGAACUAGCGGACGGCGAUACUUCACAACACGCCGGUAUGAAAAGAAAAGCUACUCCUACAUCAAAACCGAGGUCGAAAAAACGUCAAAAGGUUUCAAUCUAUGACUUGAUUGAGCAAGAAGAAGAGGAAUGGGAAAUCAAUGAAAACAUUGUUCUUCGAAUAAAUCACGAAAAGUUCUUAGUUCUGUUCCGAAAUGCCGAACUAGUUUCUUUGGCUGAAAGUCGACACGGAAAGGUCAGCUCUCAGGUGUACGCCGAGCUUCUAAAACGGCUCGAAGAGAAAUACCUUCGAUGCCAUGAGCCAUAUCCCGGUGGCGAUGAAGAGGACGAUACUAAAAAAGGAAUCAAGCUAAGUGUUCUUGAGUUAUCAAAAACGUUUAGCAAAGAUAUCGACUUGGAAAAUUCGAUUGUAACUGCCCCCCGGCUACCCAAAAAGAAAACGAGGAAACGAGGCUACUCGGAUGAUGAGGAUGAAGACAAGCCCUGCCCCAAUGGCUACGGGAAAAGGGUCAAUGGGAAGGGCAAACGUCGACAAAGUAGUAGUGAGGAUGACGACGAUGAUGAUAUUUCAGACACAGAGGAACUUUACGACGAUGACGAGGAGGGAAUUGACGCCGAGAAUCGAAAAAAAAAAAUUCGCAUGGAAUUACUAAAGCAGCACAUGCAACUUCUCGCAGAAGACUCUUGGAAGUUUGUCCGAUUAGAAAGUAACCGCGGUUUGGGUGAAUGGAGCAUCAAUUACAAGGAGUUGGGUAAGCUCAUGAGGCAUAUCGAACUGGAGAAAGUGGUAGAAGAGACAUUUGGGGAAAUGGGCUUGAGAUUGCUCCGAAUCAUCAAGGAUAAAGGGAAAUUAGAGGAGAAACAGAUUGCUAGUAUCGCACUCCUCAAGCAAAAAGAAAUCCGCUCAAUCCUCACAGGGCUUCAAGAAAGCGGCUACCUCCACCUCCAGGAAGUUCCCAAAACAAGCAUCCCCCAGAUAUCACGGACAUACUUCCUCUGGUUCCAUGAUCCAGACCGCGCGAUCCAAUCUCUUGUCACAGACACUUACAAGGCCAUGUCGAGAGCCAUCCAGCGCACAAACGUCGAACGAGCCAAGCGCGCUUCACUGCUGGAGAAAUGGGAACGUUCUGAUGUGCAGGCGAACGUGGAGGAAUACCUUACCACGUCGGAGAAGCGCGAAUUAGAGAUUUGGUUAUCGAGGGAGGAGAAGCUCCUGGGUCAAUUGAUGAGACUGGAUAGAACGAUGAUGAUAUUGAGAGACUUUUAGAUAUGAAAGAUUCCUUUUAUUAUAAUUUCAAUGGCGUUUGUGAGGAAGAGAAAAAUCUGACUGACACGAGGAAGAGCGAGACAUCGUUAUGGGAGGGUAGGAGCAGUCGAGAAGGGGGGGGGUGGCUAAUAGUGUCACUGUAUUAUAUCGCACAGCUAUGCUAUUGUACUGCGUCCAAAUAAUACCAGUAAUCAUUCACCAAAUAAAA